AUGGAGGUGGAUGAGAUUCGUACAAAUUUUGAAUCUCAUCGUAAAGCAAAUAGCCCUUGCUCUACCAAUAAUAUCCCUGCUACGCACGGUCUCAAGCUGCCUAAGCUAGUGAUGUACAACGGUACUCGCAAUGCUACUAUGGAGGAAAACUUCCUUUUUGGCCUCGAACAAUACUUUGACGCCAUGGGAGUGUUGGAUGAUGCAACUAUGCUUAGUAAUGCCCAUACAUUCCUACGUGAUGUUAUCCAACUUUGGUGGCGAAAGAAGUAUGCUGAUAAGGAAAAGGGUUUAUGUGUCCUUAAUACGUGGGAACAAUUCAAAGUAGAGUUACGCAAACAUUUUAUGCCACAUAAUACUGACACUGAAGCAAGAGGAAAGUUGCAACGGUUGAAACAAUCAGGUACCAUUUCUGACUAUAUUAAAGAAUUCACUACUCUCAUGCUUGAAAUCGAGGAUUUGUCCGAUAAGGACUCCCUCUUCUACUUCAAAGACGGGUUGCUAGACCGACGCGGUGUUCAGUCUCUCGAUGAUGCUAUCGCCGUGGCUGAAUCUCUCGUUGACUAUGCUUCUCAAUUCAAAAGCAAGAAGCCUAAUUUGAAUAAGAAUGGGGGUGAUAGAGAUGGACAAAAAGGGGAUAAAGCCCGCAAGGAUAACGAGCACAAGCCUUCGAGUAGCUAUAAAAGGGAUAAGCAAUUCGGUACUAGACGUGAUGCCUUGAAGCUGCCAAAACCCUGCUUCAUAUGUGAUGGACCGCAUUGGACUCGAGAUAGUCCUAACAAGAAAGCCAUCAAUGCUAUGGCCGCAGAGUUCUAA